CCGACACGAGUCAGUUCUUAAAAGAGACAGGACCGGAGUCUGGGUUCACACCUCUUCUGAAUUCAUCAUGCAUACUCUGGAAACACCGCAGAUUGAACCGUCACAGAUUUCUCUAUACCCCGACACAGUGUCAUAUGAAACGGAUGCAUACUGCAAGCACCCACCUGCACUAUACUCGUAUUAUGUGGCUGAACCAGAACAACCCACAGAUCAUUACUGGACUGGUUCCGAACACCACACUGUUGGCUACGACCACUUUGACGGAGGGCAGUUCACACAGCUUCAGAAUGUGGCGGUCUCUCACCUGCAGAGCCUGUACCCUCAGUUCCCUCUGGAGGUGGUGAGCAACCCUGACCCCCCACUGCCGAACCACAACGCUUGCCCCUUGGAGGAGGAGUACAACCAGGUUUUCCCGAUACUGUACCCUCCGUACCAGACAUCCACUGAAAUCUCCAGUCCGUCAGUAUCCGAGGACGAUGAUUACAACCUGGGCAGUCCCGUGCUGGAGGUUUCCGACAGUGAAUUUGAUGAGAACAUCCCUCCCAGGGAAUCCUCGACGCACGAUGGAGGUGCCCGGAAGAAGGUACGUCUCUACCAGUUCCUUCUGGAGCUGCUGAAGAGCGGGGACAUGAGGGAUUGUGUGUGGUGGGUGGACCGGGAGAAGGGCACCUUCCAGUUCUCCUCCAAACACAAAGAGAUGCUGGCGCAUCGCUGGGGCAUGCAGAAGGGCAAUCGCAAGAAGAUGACCUACCAGAAGAUGGCUCGAGCUCUGAGGAACUACGGCAAGACCGGCGAGAUUCGCAAGAUCAAGAAAAAGCUGACCUACCAGUUCGACGGCACGCUGCUUGGUCAGAAGAAGUCGGAAUGUAAAACCAGCUACAUGCCCUAAAGCCCCUGGAGGUAGCUGGCUCCCUCGUGAACAGAUUCUAAAUUUUAUUAAGACAGGAAAGCUGGUUUUAACAAUGCACUUACUUCCUUGUUUUCUUUUGCGAUGUGUUGUUUUGUCUUAUGAGAGCGCUGUUGAAAUUGUUGGCGUCUCUUUCCCAGCCUCAUGUACCAACGUUAACGGGUAGUAUUCUGAGUAAAGCUGUGUAGUCACUAUGUUCCUCCACAUUGUUCAAAAGGUUAAAGAUGGUUGAUUAGCAAGUUACGAAGCUCCUCUUCUCCCCCAGGGAUAGGUGGAGAUGUCUUUUGGGGGUGUCCCUGUCUUUAAAGGAACUUGAGAUGCAAGUUGCAAUGAGAAGUCAUCAACCUGAGAUAUUAAUUCUUUCUCUCCAGAGGCCGCCUAGCCCGUUAUUUGCAGCAUCUUCUGUUUUUAUUAGUAUAGGAGGGGUUAAGUGGGUUGGGGGGGGCAAUGAUUAUGACCUCAGUGGUAGAGGAAAAACUGGGGAAAAUUUGGGGCAAGCUCAUCAACCAAUGAGAGAAGUUUGGAAGCACUUCCUCCAGAAAAGGAUGGUAAAACUGUGACACCCUCCCCACACCGCGCACGCCAAAAGUAGCGGCUGUUAGCUCAAUUGACAACUCCCAGUCUGAGAUUGAAUUGCUGCUUGCCAAAGCUUGUAGGGAAUUGAACCUGGGCAGGUGUUUGAAGCUGGCAUCCCAAUCAGCUGUUUUUUCACUGCAGGGAAGACCAGUUCAUCAGAGCAGUCUGGCCCUUUCCUGUUCCGAUCUUCUCUCUGAUCCUUGCUCAAUCUGAAUCGCUCCAGGACUAGAGGUUUGUCAGUCUCCUACUGGUAGAUAGACAACUUGAACUCCCACCAUCGCACCGAUGGAGGACACUGCCUGGACAGAAGGCUCAAAUCCCUUGUAACUCAUCAAAGUGCUGGCUGCUGCUUUAAAUAAGCAGAUUUUAUUUUGAAAGCCAUUUAUUUGGAUUUCAUAAAGCCAGUCCACACAGAGUACCUUGGCCCUCUCUCUGACUGAUUCCAUUGGUCCCAUCCCCUGCCCGUCCACCACAUGAAACAGGCCUCCAAACUCCCUUUGGUCACAGCCCUAUCGAACAACGUCCCAUCUGUCCAAUUGGGUAUCUUGGAUCAUUGAAGUGAGUGGAGCUUAGCCAUGCUGAUGCUUGUCAGUGUGACUCAUGGGAAACCAUUUGAGGGCAAGCCAUGUGUUUGGAAUGGCUGAGCUACUUGUGAGAACUGGCAGCACUAAACCCAUGGCGAUGGUGGACUCGCUCGCUAUAUAGGGCAGACUUAACAGGCUAGUGAUAUCCUGGGGGCAGUGGUGGGGGUCAAAGAGUGCCCAGGUGUCUGAGACACAAACCCUCAGCCCUUGGAAGGGAGUCGAUUGAAGCUGAGCAAGAGUCUCCCAGAAUUCUGUUUACACUUUAAAGUUGGCAUUGUGUUGUAAGUUAAUUGUUAGAGAGAGUCAGUCCGUUCUGAGCCCACAUGGUGAGGAAUGAGCCAACAGAUCUUCUUCCUGGGGGCUCCUGCAGAAAGCAUUAAAUGGUCAAAAGGACCCGGAGGGUCAGGGUGGAAGUGAAGGAGCAAAUCCGUUAAAUAUCUUUACUGGGAAGCUUGAUGUAGCUGUAUAUAUUCAUGAAGUGAAGUUGAGGGGAGGUGUGGGUGGGUUUGAAAAUGGGUUCUGAGGCAUUGAAAUUUUGUAAAGAAUCUAAGCGGGGGCUGGGUGGGGGGGGGGGUGGGGUCAGCUUUUGAUUUUAUUUUUGAGCCUUGAUUAGCUCUUGCUGUAUUGUACAGAAAGUGCUCUGCUUUGAAUGGCCAAACUAGUGCCUGACUCUGUAAGAGAUCAGUGUGUCCGGCAUAGACAGCGGCAGGACAUGCUGAUUGCCUGAUGCUACGUGAUGCUUGAUGGAUGCCCACAUACUGAGGUCUGAGGGGCCGCGCUCCUGCUGUAAACAGCCUUGAAGUGGAGGGGGAAGGGACUUGCAGGACCUCAGACAAGGUAGCGGUCGUUAUCUCAUCCAUUCUGUGCUCUGGGCACCACUGCCUGUUGUAAAUAAAUGUAAAUACCACAGGUUUUAGUCCUUUCCUACUAACCGUUCAGUCACAUAAGGACUUUGAUAUAUUUGUAUGUUUAACAAGAUUAAACAGAAAAUCUCUCUAA